AUGUCGGCAUUCAAAAGCUUCCAAGGUUGUAUUUCCGCCCUGGUGGACCCUAGCAAGCUACAGCAAGAGAUCGAAGAAGCCAAACCUCAGGGACAAGUUGAUGAGGUAUUCAAAAAGUACUGCGACAAAACACCGUCAUUCAGAGUCUGCUUCAGCAACAUGACAGAUGCGGUAAAGCCUUGCCUUGCAGAAGAAGAGCAGCAGAGUAUGAAGACUGUUCACAAUAUUACCGAACAACUUGCAGAUUUUAUUUGUUUCAAGGAAGGCGAUCGCAUUGCACUAUUCAUCGCUGAAAAUGGACCCGAGUGCAUCCAAGAGAAGCAGGAAGAAUUGCAAGCCUGCUUUAACAGUACCAUCGGCUCAGUGAACAUCGGAGAAGGAAACUUCACAGCUAACAGCAUACCUGCUAUUACUUUUGGGCAAAAGGAAUGCCAACAGUUAACGGAGCUCCAAAAGUGUGUCGUUAAGGCUCUUGGAGGUUGCCCAUCACCAACUUCAGCUAACAUCAUUGACUCCCUCUUCAAGUUUGCUCUCAAAGCUACCCCAUGCAAGGACUUCAUUAAGGAAGAGAAGAAAGGGAACUCCGCUCAUCGCUUCGCAGUCAGCAGUUUCGUAUUAAGUGCUUUAGUUCUUAAAGCUAUGUUCUAA